GUGCACCGAGCAGCAGCACAGUACUCUGUUUUUGUUUUGGUAGAGUUCACGUAUUUGCAGAGUGGGCCUGAGCACCGAAAUGCUUAUUUAAUUUCCCAGGAUUCUGUCAUCGAGGCUGGUUGUGUUUGAUACGAUGGAGUGUUUUGUCAGGCUACUGCCUGUGCUGUCAGAGGCAGGCUAUAAAUACACACGUGCUUCUUGCAUUUCCCUAUCUCUCUUGCUCUGUAAGAGGAAAUGGGCUUGUGAUUAGCAGUCAGAGGAACUUGUGAAAUGACACAGCUGUACUGUAAAAACGCCCCGGCCCACGGACUGUGCUGUCAGAGGAGCUUUAACUGUUGGAGAGCAGGAUUGCCCGAGACAUGGAGCGAGAACCGGCGCGCAUAAGGGAAGGCUACUUGGUUAAGAAGGGCAGCAUGUUUAACACCUGGAAGCCGAUGUGGGUUGUGCUCUUAGAAGACGGAAUUGAAUUCUACAAACGGAAGGCUGACAACAGUCCCAAAGGGAUGAUCCCACUAAAAGGGAGCUCUAUAAGUAGCCCAUGCCAAGAUUUUGGCAGAAGAAUGUUUGUCUUCAAGCUCACUGCAGCCAAGCAGGACCACUUCUUUCAAGCUGCCUACCUGGAGGAGAGAGAUGCCUGGGUGCGGGAUAUCAAGAAAGCAAUUCACUGCAUAGAUGGAGGCCAAAGGUUUGCCAGAAAAUCCACGAGAAAAUCUAUCAGACUGCCUGAAACAAUCAACCUGAGUGCUUUGUACAUCUCGAUGAAAGACCCUGAAAAGGGCAUAAAGGAGUUGAAGCUGGAAAAAGAUAAAAGAGUGUACAAUCAUUGCUUUACAGGCACCUGUGUGAUUGACUGGCUGGUGUCCAGCAGCUUCAUCCGAAACCGCAAAGAAGGUCUCCUGCUUGCUUCUUCCCUCCUGAGUGAAGGCUACCUGCAGCCUGCCGGGGAUACAUCCAAGGCUGCUGCUGAGGGGCUCUCAGACACCCCCUUCUUAGAUCUCAGUGAUGCCUACUAUUACUUUCCAGACAGUGGGUUUUUCUGUGAGGGAUAUUCCAGUGAUGACGAUGUGGUCCUGAAAGAGGAAUUCAGAGGCACAAUUGUCAAACAAGGAUGUUUGCUGAAACAGGGACAUCGGAGGAAGAACUGGAAAGUGAGAAAGUUUGUUUUAAGAGAUGAUCCUGCAUAUCUUCACUACUAUGAUCCUGCUGGAGGAGAAGAACCACUGGGAGCAAUUCACUUGAGAGGCUGUGUGGUGACAGCAGUGGAAGAUAUGCCAGACACCAAGAAGUAUGAUGUUGACAACAUCCUCUUUGAAAUCAUCACAGCAAAUGAAAUCCACUAUUACUUGCAAGCAGCCUCAUCCACAGAGCGUUCAGAGUGGAUCAAAGCAAUCCAGACAGUUGCUAGGACCGGAAAAUGAAGAUGAUCUGCCAGUGAGAACACAGACAACUGAAAUUAGUUACUCAAAAGAGAACAGGAACUUUAGCAUUUCACUGAGAGAAAGCAAUGUCAUCGAGAGAGGUGUUCUAAGGCUUGUGGGUUGGGGGUGAGGACAGGUAGGAAUUUCCAAUUCUUUAGUGGGCACUAACAAACUAACAUUUUUCCACUUGUGUUAUGGUAAUAUUUUACUAAAUCAUAAAAAAGAACAUGCCUUAUUAGUGUGUGCUGCUUAAUCAGUCUACCUUGAGAAAGGUUGUACUUCAUAUCUUUCCCUGCUGCCACAGCUGAGAGUGAGAAUUUCACCAAUGACAGGGGACAGAGUCAUGCCACUGCCUCUCAGGAGCUCAAUUAGUCAUCCUCCAUUCAGCCUGUAUUGCGUUUCAGGAUUUUCAUGUAUUUCAAAUUCUUCCCCAGACAAGCUUUACACUUUCUUCCUUACCAGAUCUUUUUACUGCUUAUUCACCUACACAAGUAAUGCCAUAGAUUUAAUGAAAGAAAUCAACUCACUUGGACACCUGAUCCACUCCUUUAUAAUAUGUCAUUGUUGAGGGAGGGAAGAAUACAGACAACUAUGGAAUCACCAGGAGGAAAGCAAAUACGACCCAAUGACAGCACUAUGAGGAAAAGUCUCUUCCCACAAUAUUCCAAACACGAAGCAAUUUCACUCCAACUUCAUCACCCAACUUUGACCUUUGUUAAAUUUCUCCACAAGAAUCUGCAGUAGCACCAUUAUUUCCCAUUGUUUAGGUCUCCAAAGCAGGUUGCUAAGGUGUCAUGUACUGUACUAGACUUGAAUUAAGAAUCUUCCAGGAAAAGGGAAACGAUCCAUGGACUGGUUACUUGAACUACUGAUUGAAGUGGGUUUGACCAGCUUUUUAUUUUUUGAACCUUCAGCAACAUACUCAGUCCUUGAUUCUGUGCCUUAAGAGGAACCUUGUGCUUGCUGUAACUGAAAUAAAUGUUAUUAUUUAAUAGGA